UCUCUCAACCUUUAGCUCUCAGUUGUACUCAGGUCUCUUCUCUCUCUCUCUCUCUCUCUCUGGGCCUUGUGUGUGUGAGUUGAGAGGCAUAUCCUUGGUCGCUACCCUCUCGAUCAGACUUCCUGUUUUGCAUUCAUUUUGUUGGGGGAUAUCAUUUAUUUUUUGCUCUCUUCUGUGUUUGAUUGACUACUGGAGUACUGUCAAUCUUGUAAUUUCCUUGGACAUCUUCAUGAUCCUUCGUGUUCACAAAUGCUUUAAAAGGGUCCGCUUCCUACCCACUACUUCAAACUCUUCUGCAUUUUUCCAUACCUCCUUUCAAAGCUGCUCAUCUGCUUUGUCUUCUCCACUGGGGUCGUCGCAGAGAUUGGAAGACCCUACAAGACUAUCAGACCUUGACAUUAUCAUAUCUACAGUUCCUGUUGGAAGUACUGAUGAUCAAGUACUUUUGUCUCUUUCACAUGAUCAAGCAUGUAAUAGCAUUCAGCUCACACAUGUCCUUGUUCAUCAAUUGUUCCAUCGAUUUAAGAAUGAUUGGAAGUCGGCACUGGGUGUGUUUAGAUGGGCCGAGUCACGACCUGGCUAUAAACUCCCCCCAGAUGCGUAUGAUGUGAUCAUUGACGUUUUGGGUAAAAUGAGGCAGAUGGAUCAGACCAUGCAUUUGUUAGAAAGAAUGCAUCAGGAUCGUCUGGUAACACUCAACACUGUAGGUAAGGUUAUGAGAAGAUUCGCUGGUGCGGGGAAAUGGGAGGAUGCUGUGAGGAUAUUUGAUGGGUUAGGAAGAUUUGGAUUAGACAAGAACACAGAAUCAAUGAACUUGUUGCUUGACACACUCUGCAAAGAGAACAAAGUUGAGGUCACCCGCGAUAUCUUUUUAGAACUAAAAUCACACAUCUCCCCAAAUGCUCAUACGUUUAACAUUUUCAUUCACGGCUGGUGCAAGGUCAAUCGGGUUGAUGAGGCACACUGGACAAUCCAAGAAAUGAAGGGUCAUGGCUGUCGCCCCUGUGCCAUUAGCUACUCAACCAUUAUCCUCUUUUAUUGCCACAAGUACAACUUUGGUAAGGUCUAUGAACUGUUUGAUGAAAUGGAAGCUCAAGGCUGCCCUCCAAAUGUUGUCACUUUCACCACUGUUAUGUGUUAUCUUGCAAAGUCUGAGGAAUUCGAGGAAGCUAUGCAAUUAUAUGAGAGAAUGAAAUCAGCUGGAUGUAAACCUGAUACCCUGUUCUACAACUCACUGAUCCACACACUAGGAAGAGCUGGACGAGUACGUGAAGCUAUUCAUGUUUUUGAGGUUGAGAUGCCUGAGAAUGAGGUUCCUCAUAAUACAUCAACUUACAAUACGAUGAUUGCCAUGUUUUGCAAUAAUGCUCAGGAGGAGGAAGCCUUGAAAAUCCUCCGGAAGAUGGAAAGUUCAGGGCUCUGUAAGCCUGAUGUUCAGACAUACUAUCCGUUGCUUAAAAUGUGCUUCAAAACUGGCAAAACAGACAAUUGUUUGAAUGAGUUAGUGAAUGACAUGGUCAAUGGACAUCAUCUCAGUCUUGAUCUCUCAACAUAUACACUUCUAAUUCACGGUCUAUGCAGAGCAGGUAAAUGUGAGUGGGCUUACAGUCUGUUCAAAGAGAUGAUUGCUCAAGAGAUGAAGCCUAGAUAUAAGACAUGUCGUUUGCUUUGGGAUGAAGUCAAACUGAAGAAUAUGUCUGCAGCUGCUGACAGCAUUGCAGAUUUCAUGAAGAAGCUGUAACCAAAUGGGAAAGUCAUGUCAGUGUACUGAGUUCAUAUGAGGUGACAGAACAAACAUGUUGUCAGAAAGAGCCUUCCAUCUGCCAAGUCUGAUAUGCUUUAAUCAGCAUGGAAUCCUCUGCCUGAAUGGAGUGGGCAGUUGCUUCUUCAAACGUAGUUGCUUCUUCGAAUUGACUAAUGAUAUCCUCCAUUAUUAUACAUUGAAUAUGGGGACCUGCUUGUGUGCCCAAACCAUAUGAAGAGGCCAACAAUUACGGAGCUGGAAGGAUCAUAGAAGGUGAAGGGCCAAUUGCAUUGGUGGCAAGAAAACCAAAAGAGUGAGAAUCCGGCCUGUUUUUCGUGAUGAUUCUGAAGAAAUCCCAAAGUUCUUUGGUGUUGGGCGAGCCUUGAACUUCAUGUACCACAUAUAACUCCUAAUACCCAAUUUUGCAAAGAUUAGUUGCUCAGAAAGUCAGAAUAGAUCAGGUGGCCUCAAAUUUAAGAGGAGUCAGAUUUGAUUGCAGUUUGUAACUCACAAUUUAGAAGCUUCUGAUAAGUUUUGUAGACAUAAUUUA